AUGGGGAAUGUCACUGUCCCCGCCCCGCUCGUUUUUUCUCCCUCUCAAUCCUGGGAUGGGAACGACGGAAGCUGGUCUACCUUUACAAUUCGCGUAGGCACUCCAGAACAAAAUUUCCGCGUUUUGCCUUCAACCAGUGGCCAAGAGAUCUGGGUUCCGGUUCCUGAAGGCUGCAUAUCGACCGAUCCGAGCGAUUGUGGCGACCUCCGCGGCGUAUACCCAUACGAUGGGAAAGCAAGCUCCGGCUUCCUAGCAAAUCAAUCUUCAACAUGGAAAUCUAUUGGACUAUACGACCUGAUACUUGAGCAUCAACUCGGCUAUGCCGGUGCUGGCAUGUACGGCUUUGAUACUGUUGGUCUUAUGAUUCAGAAUUCUGGUGGCCCCAGUCUGUCUGGUCAGGUUGUCGCUGGUAUUGCGACGAAGGACUUCUAUCUCGGCAUCUUUGGCCUGGGCCCGAAACCUUCCAACUUCUCGAAUUUUGAUUACCCGCAGCCAUCCUAUAUGCGCAGCCUGAAGGAUCAGAAUAAGAUCCCUUCUCUGUCGUAUGGAUACACAGCUGGCGCAUCAUACCGAAUACCACAACUCCCAGGAAGCCUUACCUUUGGCGGAUACGAUACAUCCAGAUUUGACGCAAACCCUAUUUCAUUUCCAUUCGGCACUGAUGACUCCAAAGUCCUCAGUAUAGGCAUUCAAGGGAUCACAGCUACAAACACCCUACAAGGCACAGUCUCCCUCAUGAGCACCGAGAUUUUAUCCCUGGUAGACUCCACCGUGCCUCAAAUAUGGCUUCCUCGAACAGUAUGUGAUGACUUCGAAAAUGCAUUUGGUCUUCAAUACGACAACAAAACGGACCUUUACCUUGUCAACGACACUAUCCACACACAGCUUCAGAAGCUCAAUCCUCAGAUCUCCUUUGUCCUCGGAAACACGGGAAACCCUGCAGAUACAGUCAGCAUAUCUCUUCCAUAUGGUGCCUUUGAUCUGCAGGCCAAAUCUCCGAUAUACGCCAACACAACUAAUUAUUUUCCUCUUCGUCGCGCUGCAAAUGAUACCCAAUAUACCCUCGGACGCGCUUUUCUUCAAGAAGCAUACGUCAUCGCUGACUACGGACACUCUAACUUCUCCGUUCAUCAAGCUCAUUUUGAGUCACACAUGCCACCGCAAACGAUUGUGGCCAUUUUACCACCAGGAGGGCUCACACACAACACCACAAAUGGCACUUCCACGCCCCAGAACAGUAAAAGCCUACCAGUAGGCGCCGUCGCCGGCAUCAGCGUAGGUGCCGCAGCGAUACUGCUUCUUGUGGCCGCGGCCCUCGUGUACUUCUUCCGCCGGCGCGGAAGACAAAACAAAGAGGCGCCGCUUGCUGAACUCAGCCUUGAUGGUGGAAUUCCUCCAUGGCAGCAAAACAGGUGGCAUUAUGGGGCGGAGCUGAUGUCGGAGCAGAAGCAUGAACUGGAUGGGCCAAAUCUACGGCAUGAGCUCGGCGGCGAGAAAGGCCCGGCGCUAUUAUCAGACGAUGCAGUUGUGAAAGUGCAUGAGAUGCCUGCGAGCGAUUUUGAGUCGCCCUUUCGGCUUGUGGUGACGAGCGGCACACAAAGGAGCAAAGAUGGUCCUUGA